CACUUUCAUCUUGCCGGCCGAGGGGAAAUGAAUGUGACUCUUGGAAUUCCACGCUUACAAGAAAUCCUGAUGACAGCAUCAGUAGAUAUUCGUACUCCUGUUAUGACAUGUCCGUUGCAUGAUGGAAGGACCAGGGAGGAUGCUGAACGGCUGGCUUCAAAGUUAAGGAGGGUCUGUUUGGCAGACAUUGUAGAGAGUAUGGAGGUCUGCAGUGUGCCAUUCUGCAUUCAUGGGAAUGAGGUGUCGACAAUUUAUAAGCUGAAGAUGAACCUUUACCCACCUGAGCUUUACCCUCCGCAUUCAAGCUUAACCUUAGAAGAUUGCAUGAUAACCUUACGAACAGACUUUAUUGGUGCUAUGGAAGAUGCAAUAGCGAAACACUUGGACAUGAUAUGCAAGAUCAGUGACAUCAGUUCUGUUACCGCAAAGAAGAAAGUAACUUGGCAGAAGGGACAGAUGAAGAUGAACAUGGAAGCAAAUCCACUCACGGGGAGGACAAGGAUAAUAGCAGUGGCUUUGAUGGUGUUGAUGAUGAUGAUGGAAUCAAUGAAGAUGAAGGAAUGGAUGCUGAAAAGAGGAAAAAACGAGCUAGUGAUGAAAUGGAGUAUGAGGAUGGUAUCGAAAAAGAGAGCUCUGCCAAAGCAGAUGAGCAUGAUGGAGAGACCCCAAUCUGGAUUUGAAAGUGAAAUUGAUCAGGUUGAGGCUGAUGAGGACUAUACAGUGGGAGGAGAUCACAGCAUGGAAGUUGAAGAUCCUAGCUUGGAGGUUGAGGAGGAAAUACCUGAAAGCCCAUCUAAAGCUGAGCCUACUCCUACGUUGGAGGAUGGCAAGAAGCAGCAGAAACUGGCGGACAGCAAGGAAUCAAAAUCAGAAUCCAAUAAGACGACGACCAAGCCAAGGAAGAAAAAGAUUAAUAGAACCAUCUUUGUGGAUGCAAAGGGUUUGAACUUUGAGGUUCACUACAUUUUUAAGAAGGAGCCUCGCAUUUUACUGGCUGAGGUUGCUCAGAAGGCUGCCAAGUCUGUCUAUGUUAAGGAGUCUAAGAACAUUGAAUUGUGCUCGGUGACUGAGCCAAAAAAGGAUGAGCCCCUCUCACUUCAGACUGCAGGAGUGAACUUCCAAGCAUUUUGGGACUUGGAAGAUCACUUGGAUAUUAAUAAAAUAACCUCAAAUGAUAUACAUGCAAUGCUAAACACAUAUGGUGUAGAAGCAGCCAGAGCUACCAUUAUAAAAGAGGUGAAGGGUGUGUUUGAUGCAUAUGGCAUACGCGUAAAUAUCCGUCACCUGAUGCUGAUUGCAGACUUCAUGACCUUCCAUGGUGGGUAUCGGCCGAUGAACAGGAUCGGGAUGACCGAUUUCAACACCUCACCUUUUGGCAAGAUGACUUUCGAGACAGCAACCAAGUUCAUUGUUGGAUCCGCUUUCCAUGGGGAGGUGGAUACCUUAGAUGCCCCUUCAGCUAGUGUCUGCCUUGGCCAGCCAGUGAAGAUGGGGACCGGAUGUUUUGACUUGAUGCAAAAUCUGCAGCUCUGAUGAAUGAAUAGAUGGAUAUGGUUUUGCAUUUAUGUAUUAUUUCAUAGAUGUAUAUCGCAUUCAUGUCUUUAUUUAUAAUUUUUUUUGGUAACUUAUUCAUUUUCUUGUAUGGUGCAUCUAUCUCUGUUACAUUGCUUAAUCAUAGCUUAUUUCUAAGAGUGAAAAAGGAUGUACUGUAUGGGUAUUCAAGCUAAUUGUAUAUUUUGUUUGUAGAAAUACAGGUCGUACACUAAUUAAAUGAUCUAUCAAGUUCUUUCUUUAA